AUUUCAGUUCAGGCCAAGAUAAUAGGCAACCAUCAGCUGCACAGCAGCAGAAGAAGCACUGUGAAAGUGUGAAGUUUUUAAACAUGGAAGCUAAUAAAAGGAAUUUUUGUGUAGUGUCUUGUCUAUGUAGUGAGUUUGCAGAUUGCGAAGCAGCUGGUAACGAGACCAGACUAAUGCUGAAAUUGUUGAAAUUUGGUAGCAUUCAUAACAAAAAGUGAAUGCGCAGAGAUUUGGCCAAAAUGAAAAAUAUGAUAAAUUUCUUAGUGUAAAAAAGAAUAAUAGUACGUCGCAAUGCUUGCCAAUCUAGCAGAAUGUACACCGUAGAUUUCAGGACGCUAUGUCAUUCAUAUCUGCAAGGUGCUAAAAAACAAAAGAUAGCAUAUUUAUUCUGUGUUUCCAGGUGUUGGUGCCAAAAACAAUGUGUGUGUUAAUAGGCUGCGUAGGAAAGCGCUAUUACGCAAUUUCGUGUCCUAUAUUUGUUCGCGGUCAGUUAUGUGUGUCAGUGCCCUUGCCUUGUACCUACUUUCCGGACAAAGCUAAAAUAUUAAAUAGGACGUGUGUAAACACUGGCUCAGCGGAGUUUUGUUGGUUAAUGCUAAUGAAUGACGUGCUACAGUGAUCUCAAAAACUGGUAGUUUACAUAAAAUUUAUAAAUACACCAUGGUAGGAAAUCCGCACAGAUAUCGUGCUGCCUUACACCCACUAGAAAAUAGACAUGCUACUGCAGGUUGCAUGUUGGCAGUACUUCUGAUGUUUCCACUGGCAGCUCGCAGCUAUGGUUUACCUGUUGUCACAGUCAUUUCACUGCUGUAUGUUGGAAUUGUAGUGCCAGUAGCAGCGGGGUUUAUGUCAUUGUCAACUAUCAUACAUGCUCUUAGGCAGGUGUGGGAGCAGGUGCGUGAGUGGGCACUGCGUGGGCCUGCGUGGUGGCUGAGACUAGCAUGGCUGUUGUCUGUGUCCAUGCACCGUCUCAUUGUUAAUCGUGUUUCAACUAGACUGCACAUCACUCUCAACCAGAUACUGUUUUUCAUCACUAUGGAGAAGGCAAUGUGUCCAAAUCAGAGAUGCGUCAGUUUGUAUUUGUUGCUGUUUUAUUCAGUGCUGUUGUAUCUUCAUCAAUCUCUCAAGGCACGGCACUGGGUGCAGCUCUCAAGUGAUACAACUACAGCUGACUUGUUGCGACUUACAACAGCUUUCAUUAUGGCACGGCUUGCCAAAGGAGUUGCUUUGUCAUUGGUGCUUGUGACAUUUACAAUGCAUGUUGGUGACUUAGAGCCAAGCUUCAGUUUUGUUCUUGUGACAGCCAUGUACUUCUUGCUGACAGAAUUCCCAGCAAGGCCCGCCGUGAACCACUGGCUGAUAGAAGCUAUGGUUAGUUUAGAUCUGACAGUUUUGGAAGGCUUAGAAGAAUACUGGCUCCCUGUACUGUUCAGCGGAAGUGCCGUGAUUCUUUCAGCUCUGGCUUCAAUUCUAGCUGGGCCAAAAUACCAGUUAUUGCGUAUUAUACUUGUGUAUCAUAAUGUUUGGGCAGCAAGUGACUAUGCAUUGGAAGAAUGUGUGAUGCCGCUGAUUCAACAGUAUCGUAUGCUACAACAGUUUCCUUUGGCAUCUCAUAAACAAUUAGCAGACACACCAACAUGUGCCGUGUGUCUCGACGACAUGCGCAUUCUUGCAACCCGAGUGACUCCUUGUGGUCACCUAUUUCAUGCAAGAUGUCUGCGUCAAUGUCUCCUACUUAGCAGGCUCUGCCCAUUAUGCAAGCAAGUUAUGUAAUUUUUUGACUAAUAAUAUACUUGUUUGUGUGUUGUUUCAA